UCCUCCUCUCGACCCCUUUGGCCUUCGCUCUGUCUUUCGCGUUUCUUUCUGAAACCAGAGCUGAGAAAAUAAAACCCAAAGCCUUAAAAACUAUCAAAAAUGGUUCAAAGGCUCACUUACCGUACUCGCCAUAGCUAUGCUACCAAAUCCAAUCAACACCGUGUCGUUAAGACCCCCGGUGGGAAAUUAGUCUAUCAGACUACUAAGAAGAGAGCGAGUGGGCCUAAGUGUCCUGUUACUGGAAAGCGAAUUCAGGGUAUUCCUCACUUGAGACCUGCUGAAUACAAGCGGUCUCGAUUGCCUAGGAACCGUAGGACGGUGAAUCGUGCCUAUGGUGGUGUUUUAUCUGGGAGUGCUGUUAGAGAAAGGAUAAUUCGGGCCUUCUUAGUCGAAGAGCAAAAGAUUGUGAAGAAGGUUCUGAAAAUCCAGAAGACUAAGGAAAAGCAAUCCUCAAAGAGCUAGGAAUUUUAAAUGCUGAUGAAGCUGAAUUGUGUUUGGCUUGUUAGAUUUAUCUGAGAGAAAUUUUUGUUUGUUAUUAUGGUGAAUUGAUGAAAUGUGGAACUGAGUUUGAGUACUUUUCUCAUUUGGUAGUUUCAUACUGAUAUUAUUUUGCUGCUGGGUUCACUUGAAGACAAAUCUAUUGAAAGGUUAUUGUUUAGUGAUGGUUUUA